AUGGUUGCGCUACUUCGUACUUUGGCUUUGGCCGCUGUAGCGGUCGCCGUUCCUCUCGAGGUUGGUGUCUCUCUCGGCACCACCGAUGCUGCUCCUCAAUGCAGCGGCGACAAGUUUUCGCAGACUCGCCCGCCCCGGAACGCCGUGGUUGUCGACGCUUCCGGCAAACAGCCAAACAGCUUCCCUACCGUUAACGAAGCAGUUGCAGCUCUGAAGAACGUUACGGAUGAACAGUCCGUCUUCAUCUACCCUGGAAUUUACGAGGAGCAGGUUCGCAUUCCGGCCCACCUCGGACCUAUCACCAUCCGAGGCUACACUUGCGAUAGCCGUACAUACGCAGGCAACCAAGUGACCCUGACGGGCAAGCUUAACCGCCAAGUGCCCAACAUCACCAGCAAUGAUGGAACCGCAACUCUCCGCAUCUGGACGCCCAAUGUGAAGCUGUACAACCUGAACGUGGCCAACACCGCCGGACAGCAGGCCAAGAACGGCCAAGCUCUCGCCAUCAGCGCGCAGAAGACCAAUUUCGGUGCUUACGCAUGCAAGUUCACCGGCUACCAGGACACCGUCUAUGCCAACGUGGGCCGCCAGAUCUACGCUCAGACGUACAUCAACGGCGCUGUUGACUUCAUCUUUGGACUUAACGCGUCGGCCUGGUUCGAGGGCUGCGACCUGGAAGUCAUCGGCAAGGGCUGGGUCACUGCCAGCGGUCGUGAUUCCGCCCAGAACCCUGCAUGGUUCGUCUUCAACAAGACCAGGGUCUUCGGUGACCAAAAGGGCUUGGCUUUCCUGGGACGACCUUGGAGGACCUUUGCCAGAGUCUUGUUCCAGUACAGCGACUUGAGUGAUGUUGUGCAGCCGGCUGGCUGGGCUCCCUGGGACGCGACCUCGAGCUUGGCGAAUGUUGUCUUUAACGAGUACAAGAACACUGGCCUUGGCGCUGCUGGCCAAAGAGCCAACUUCAGCUCGCAGAUUGAUGCGCCCGUUAAGGCGGAAACAGUGCUAGGAAAGGGAUUCGACAAGGAGUGGUGGGUUGACAAGAGCUACUUGUAA